UUAAGUUAGUUCUGUGAGAAGUGUCGCUGUGGUUGGGUGCUUUUCGCGGUCGUGCACGGAUUUUUUGACAACUCCACGGGAAAUCUUGCUUUUCUCCGCAAUUUCCCCCGAAUGUUCUUAGCUGCACUUUUACAAAUCGCACCGGUGCAACUAGCAAGUGUACAAACAAUCUAAGUUGGUGCAUCAAGACGCAUAAAACGGUUUUUUCGAAUUUUCUUUCCGGGAGCUAUAAGUGUUGCAUUCCGGGAGACAGAUAGUAAAGUAAAGUAAGCAAAAGACCUUUUCCGGAAAAUGUAAUCUCAACUGUGUAUUUUUGGAUAUAUAACAACACUUUAUACCAAUAAAUUCUCGAGAUAAACACACGUGAAAGGUGAUAAAAAGCAUAUGAGGUGCAAGCUGAAAAGCUUAAAAAAAGAGAGUGUUUUUUGUGGUGUUUAAAGUGCACAUUUGGAUUAAAUUGAAAGUGGUGGGUGACGGUUAAACUUCCCCCAUUCGCACAACCCUCCAAAAUUGCAAUAUCCCCAAUGAAACUCUAAUUUUUUAUUAUGGUGUUCCUAUAAAGGGAAAAAAAAGAAGAAAAGUUUUCGCCGCCACUGCGCGAAAGUAUUUCCCGAUAAGAAUUCCAAGUUUAGGAGGAACGACAUUUUACUCUUGUGGGAGAGAAGUAAAAUCGAUUUAUUUUCACAACCCCUCGUCUAAAAAGGGAACACCUACCCCCGAAAAUACAUUGGCAACACACAGCAGAGGGUUUGGUGAGGGUUUUUCGGCGUGUGUUUACCCGCCGACACUGGGAAAAGCUGGGAAAUUGUUUUCAAUGGUGGAAAACACUCCAACAACACGUCGCUGAGGUCACGGAGCAAACUAUAUGAGAGGCUGAGGACCAAAAUGUUGUUCUAUUAGAUGCAAAACAAGAGACUUUGAACUCCUUGAGGCAAAACAAAAAAAAAAAGAUGGCGGCAAAAGGAGACGCGUGAAGCGCAGAGCUCGUAACGAGUAAUUCGUAGUAAAAGUGAAGAGAGCUCCACAUUGAUCUUUCUUCUUUAGAACCAAACUUGAAAUAGUUUGGGAAGAAAAGAAAGGAAGGGUGAAAGCGAUAGAAGUUGGAAUUCUCAGGAGGACGUCAUUUGGAUUGAAAAUGACGCUCCUAAUACUUCUCAGCACUGUGAGCCUCCUGGUUCUACCGUGUUAUGCCUUUGGUGACAUCCACGCCAGCCCAGCUCCGGGGAUGCACCACAUGGGCUAUGCUAAGGAGCCCAAAUGCGAAGAGAUAACAAUACCAAUGUGUCGGGGUAUUGGGUACAAUAUGACAUCCUACCCAAAUGAGAUGAAUCAUGAGAAUCAAGAUGAUGCAGGGUUGGAGGUGCAUCAAUUUUGGCCACUUGUUGAGAUUAAUUGUUCGCCGGAUUUGAAGUUCUUCCUGUGCAGCAAAUACGCACCAAUUUGCCUGGAAGACUAUCACAAACCCCUGCCGGUGUGCCGAACUGUUUGCCAGAGAGCCAGGGAUGGUUGUGAACCAAUUAUGCAGCGAUACAGCUUCCCAUGGCCCGAAAGGAUGGCCUGUGAAUCGCUCCCAUUGUACGGAGACACGGAUAAUCUGUGUAUGGAGCAACCGGACUAUGUGAAUGCAGCUGAAGAUGCGGGACACAAGGAGGCAGCCCCGAAGGCAACGAAGAAACCCCCAAUGGCAACACCACAACCAACAGCGGGCAACAAGUGCAAGGGGAAAAAUUCAAAAAACUGCCAAAACACCCCAGGGGAAAGGAUAACCAAGGAAUGCGGGUGCUGGUGCAGGCCACCGCUGAUUCCCCUGGGGAAGGAGACCCUCUGGUACAACACAAGUGUCGCAAAGGUCGGAAGCGUCCCAAAUUGCGCCAUCCCGUGCAAGGGGGCAUUCUUCACGCACGAAGAAAAGGAGUUCGCCGGCGUAUGGAUCGCCCUCUGGUCGGGACUCUGCUUCGUCAGUACAUUAAUGACACUCUCUACUUUUCUUAUCGACACCGAACGCUUCAAGUACCCUGAGCGGCCAAUUGUCUUCCUCUCAGCGUGCUACUUUAUGGUAUCCAUUGGUUACCUCACGCGUGUCUUCCUCGGGCAUGAGGAGGUUGCCUGCGAUGGGCGAUCAAUUCGGUACACAGCUACGGGCCCAAGUAGUUGCACGCUGAUCUUCCUCCUUGUCUACUUCUUCGGCAUGGCAUCAUCUGUAUGGUGGGUUGUUCUCAGCUUUACGUGGUUCCUGUCGGCUGGACUCAAGUGGGGCAAUGAGGCAAUUGCCAAGCAUUCGCAGUACUUCCACAUGGCUGCAUGGCUCAUACCAAGUGUUCAGAGUGUAGCUGUUCUCCUUCUAACAGCUGUCGAUGGGGAUCCAGUUGCAGGAAUCUGCUAUGUUGGCAAUAUGUCCACCGAGAACCUACGUACGUUCGUUCUGGCACCACUCUUCGUUUACCUAGUUGUCGGUACAACCUUCCUAAUGGCUGGCUUUGUCUCGCUCUUCCGCAUUCGAAGUGUCAUCAAGCAGGAAGGUGGCCUGGGUGCCGUAAGCAAGGCUGACAAGUUGGAGAAGCUCAUGAUUCGCAUUGGGAUCUUCAGUGUUCUCUACACUGUGCCAGCAACCAUUGUCAUUGGAUGCUACCUGUAUGAAGCAUCCUUCUUCGAUGACUGGAUGACGGGUCUUACGUGCCCAUGCAUCAAUAUGGACAAAACACGCGAACGUCCCAUCUACUCCGUACUCAUGCUCAAGUACUUCAUGGCCCUAGCCGUGGGGAUAACGUCGGGUGUUUGGAUUUGGUCAGGAAAAACACUCGAUUCAUGGCGUCGACUGUGGAGACGGUUGUUUGGCACACCCGAUCGCAGUGGGGCCAAUCAGACGCUCCUCAACAAGCGACCACCCAUCCCACAGCCGUAUGUGGGAUCAACCCUUGGUCCGGGAAGUGCAACGGCGUCCCUGCUAACGACGCCCUACACUCAGGCCCCGGGGAGUGUUGCCUCAACCAGCCAUCAUCACCUCCACCACCAUGUUCUCAAGCAACCACCCCUGAGUCAUGUAUGACCGGGCGACCUGGGCGCAAUGGCACCCAUCGGCAGUAGUGCAUCCGUGCCAGCGCCCGGAUCCAUCUCAGAUCCACGAGCUGUUUCCGUGGUGGUGACACUACCGCAGCCGGGGCAAGCGCUCAGCGACUAUGGCCCCAUAUAGUUGACCGUGCGUCCCACUGAUCAGCAGAAAGUACGCUGGAUCUCCAGCAACUUCAGUCAAGUAUGAUUGGGUGUGUAUGCGUGUAUUUUCGAAGGCUCUCUAGUCUCGUGUUUUUUGUGUGUGUAAUUUAUUAUCUCCUUCCAUUGCUCUGUGAUCUUUCUUUCCGGACUAUUUUGUACUAAAAACCCACUUUUAGUACACAAUAUUAUUUGAUAAUCAAAUCAAAUUGAAUUUGAGUACUAAACUUUAAACCUCUUUCAGUAUCAAGACUGUCAAAAUUUUAGUACAGAUUUCGGUAAUACAUUUUAGUACUAUUUUUGUGUAAGUUUAUUUACCUAAUUUCUGAAUCAAAAUUUAAUCACAUUUAAAAAAAACAUGCAGUUUUUAAAAUGUUGUGUUGUACUAAAAAUUAGUACACCGUUAUUUGAUAUUCGAAUCAAAUCUUUGUGUACUAAACUUCAAAGGUAAAUAAAUAAUAGGUAUAGAAUAAAAAAAAUAAAUACCAAGUAUUACAAAUUUUUAGUACAGAUUUUGAUAAUAUAUUUUGGUUCUUUUUUUAAAGUUAUUUUACCAAAAUUACCCAAAGGAAAACUCUUUGAAAGAGACAUCAAAAUUAUUAAAGCAAAUUCUUAUACAUUGCAUUGUUCUAAAAAUUAGUACCUACACAAACUUUAAAUAUUUCUUUACUUUUCCUUAAAAUCAUUUCAAUUUUUUUCUAUAUUAAUAUUUGUUUUUGUAAUGUGUACGAAAAUUUGUAUUAUUAACGCACAAUGUCAUUUUUUUUUAUUUUUUUUUAUUUAGCACAAAAAUAGAUUAUGUACUAAAAUUUACUCUUGGUUGAUUUAUUGAAAACAAUUAAAGUUUGUUUAGGAUUUAAUUCAAAGCAUUGAAUAUGUUUAUAAUUAAAAAAUCAGUUUCUAAAUUUAGUACAACUAUGUAUAUUACUGUACUAAAUCCGUUUUAUUGCCAAAUAUUUAAUUUAGAUCACAGAUCUUCGAGUAUAUGUCUUAAAGGGAAGAAAAAAGUACUAAAAAGUAAAACAAAUUAUUGAGACAGUUUAGUACAAACUAAAAAGAUCACAAAUGAGCAAUGGGGGUGAAUAUAAACAAAAAUGAGAUAAAUAGCAUAAAAAUGGUCAUGAUAGAGCGACGGAGCAUUUCUUUUUGUAAAUAAAAAAAAUUAUAUAAAUAUUUUACAUUGAGUGGUAAUGAAAACAAAAUCCAUUAUACUGCUUAAAUGAUCAAAAAGAUCGACAAAUUGUCACACAAAAAAGAGGGGAAGGAGUUCACUGUAAAAUAGCCUACAACCACGUAAUAUAAUUCCCCCGCAAAUGACCCGUAUACCCACGAAUAAGAGAAAAAUUGUAAAACAUUUUAUAUUUAAUUUUUAGUUCUAAACAAAAAUCCUCUAACAUUUUUUUUAAGAAAAAGUUUUUUUUUUAUAUCAGAAAAAAAAACAAAAAAUAAGAGAAUAUUAAUUAAAAAAAUAAAUAAAUAAAUUAGAAAAAAAUCCAAAGACUGUUGUCCAUAAUAAACUUAUAGGCAUGUAGAGUUAGUCAUUGUAAUAUUUAACAAGAUGAAAGAUGAGAUGUAGGGAGAGAUUUAAAAUAAAAUAAGAAAAAAAAAGUAAAGCCAUUAAUUUUCUAUUAAUGAACGACGUUUAAAACACUGCCAGAUGAUUGGAAAAAUUCAAGAAAUUUCAUUGCAAAGAUACAAAAAGAAAGAAAUGAGGGAAAAUCAACAAACAAAAUAAAAAUCUUUGAUGCAUUUUGAAGUUAAAAAAAAAUAAUUGGGUGCAUUUUCGAGAAAACUUUUAUACGUAAUUAGAUUUUAACUCAAUGUGAUUAACUUAUAUAAGUAAUAAAGAAAAAAAAAGUGAAAGAAAAAUAAGAGAACAAUACUUUUAAAAUUUUAAAUUUGAAAAAAUAAAUAAAUAAUAAAUGUGGUAGAGAUUUCGAUGGCAUAUUUAUUCCAAAAAAAAAUGAAAUGAAAAUCAUUCAGCAAUAAUAGGUACUGUUUAGUCAAUAUAAUUAGGAAGAUUUUGGGUGAAGAGACCAUUUUUUGCAGCAUAAAAACUCACAUAUCAAGGCCCUCAAUUUCUUUACUAUUUUACAUAAGUCCCGCGUAGCUCUCACAAUAUAGGUGAGACGCAAAAAAAAUCUGCCAUAAAUGUGCCAUUUUAAGUUCUUCAAAAAUAAUCUGCCCUUUCGAUGGCUUUUAAUUGCAAAAUACAAAAAGAAAUUGCACAGAGAGAAAAGAUUUUAUAAAUCACGGUUAAAUGUCUGAUUUUGCAAAAAUGAAAAAAGGAAAGAAAUUAAUAAUUAAUUGGAUAUGAGAGUUUAAUGAUUAAUGAAAAGAUAAAAUGAUACCCGAUUGGGUUUGCUGAGGAAAGAAAUUAAGGGAUAUUUUUGGUUUUCAGCAAGAUUUUAAAGGAUAUUCAAAAGAUUUUGAAGAAUUUUAUAAAUAUUUCGAAGACUUCUUAGAAAAAUAUUUAAAGAUUUUGAACUAUAUUCGAAAAUUUUUAAAUGAUUUUCAAAAGAUUUGGAAGAAUGUUUGAAAGAUUUAAAAAAAAAAAAAACCUUUAAACGAUUUCGAACAAUAUUCAAAAGAUUUUGAGGGAUAUUCGACAGAUUUCAAAGAAUAGAAGAUUUCUGAAGUUUUUCUGAAUAAAUCUAAUCUAAUAUCAAAGAAUAUUCAAGAGUUUUCGAAUUAUAUUUGAAAUAUUUUAAGAGUAUUAAAAAAAUAUUCUUAUUUUGCGAUUUGUUUUAAUUUUUCAAUAUAAAAAAUUCCAGAUUUUUGCUUUUAUUUUACUUUUCCUCAAAAAAAGCGCUUCUAAAUGUCAAAUUAGAGAGAAAUCUUAAUUUUGACAACUUUUGAAAGACUUUUGACACUUGUUUGACAGAUCCCUGACAGAUUAUGCAUUUAUCGGAUAUUUGACAAUAAUUUUUGACUUAAUUUUUAAUAUUUUGACAAUCUCCCAUUCAAAUGUGAUUGAAAAUUGACAGAAAAUGUCAAAAUUAUAAAAUUCUUUAUUAGGAAAAAUCUUUUUAAAAAAAAACCCAAAAAUAACAUCUAAAUUUUCUUCUUCAGCAAACUUAUUCAGUAUCGUUUUAAGCACCAAUAUUCUUCCUUUUUUUCGGAAUGAGUAAAGUAAAAAAGAAAAAGAAAUGAAUUAUUUAUGAUGUAGCAUUAGAAAUUAAAAAAAAAAUCUAUGAAAUUUCUAAGAAACAAAAUUGGAUUUAUGGAAAUAUAUAGAAAUUUAAUGGUAAAAUGAAAGAAAAUGUACGUAUAAAAUUUUUAAAGAAAAUAAUAAAAAAUUACUAUCUUACAUGGAGAUAAAGAUGAAAAUCAUUUUUUUUCCUAAUUUUUGAAAAUCCCGCCUUUUUAGGAUAUUGUUUUGAUGCAGAAAAUUAAAAAAGAAAAAUAGAGAAUCUUGAGGUAAGGAAAGAUUUUUUUUUCAUUUCUUCUAACAACUUUUUUUUAUAAGUCAUUGAAAGCUAAAUUCAUCCUUUUUCUGCUAAAUCUUUUUUUUUUCACCUCUUAUUCAGCUUAUCCUCAUGCUUCUAUGUAUUAUAUAUUUUUCAUUGUACAUAAAACAAUAGAAUCCAUUUAUUUUUUCUCUCUUCUCUCUCUUUUUUUAUGUUGUCUGAGCAAUUACAAACGUAACACUUGUGUACCAACUAAACGUAAAUUAAAUUAUUUAUUUAGUGCGCAGAAAAGGAAACGAAUGAACAAAAAUUAAGCUUAAAAAAUUAAUCAUCUCUAUUGUAAUUAAAAAAAAAUACAAUAACACCUUUAUAUUAAAAGAAAAAAAAAACAACAAAAAAAUGUAAUGCAAGAGAUGUGCAUUUAUAUUGUAAAUGUUUAUAGAGAGCAACAAGAUGGAGAUAAAUUGUGUAAGAAUUUUAUGAGUACAUUAUUAUAAAAGAAAAAAAAUACUUUUAUUAGUGAUUUAGUCCAAAAAUUUAUAAAUUCAAAAUGGAAGUGGAAAGUUAAGGGAUGGAGGAUGCAAGAAGAAGGACUAACCAAUUUUGAUAUCUGGUUUUAGCAGAUGGACCCCGUGUAUACGAUAAAAGAAAAGAAAAAAAAUGAAGAAUGUAAAAGGAAUGAGAACAAUUAUAAUUUUGAUUGUUUCAAAUAAUUAAACACAACAUGAAAAAAAAUCAAAA